AAGUGUAUCUGUGCAUUUCCUGCUAUGAGUUGAAGUGUGUCUAACAGAGAAGAGACUACUUCCUCUCCUGCGGUCGUGCGUCAGCCGGCGCUGAGAAGACGCCAUCGCGUUUGGGGCGCACACAAGCGUUUGUGGUGCACCAUGAGCCGGGCGUCGACAACCAAGACGGAGAACGUGCGGAGCUCCCUGCUGAGUCUCCAGGAGAGUGAGGCCUUAGAGAACCUGCUUGGCAGAAGGUGUGCUUCUAUGGCUAUUGCAGUUGCACAGUUGUUCAUGGCCCUGCCUCACAACCCUUCCACGUGGAGCCUGCAGCACACUGGAGUGGUCUGCCUCAUUAAAGACAACCCCCAGCGCUCCUACUUCUUUCGCAUGUACGAUUUGAAGGCUGGGAGACAGCUGUGGGAGCAAGAACUCUACAACCAAAUUGUUUACUCCGCAUCGCCACAGUUGUACUUUCACACCUUUGCUGCUGAUGACUGUCAAGUUGGACUGAAUUUUGCUCAGCAGCAGGAAGCAGAAGCCUUCAGAAAUGCUGUAGUGGGGAAAAUCAACCAAAGAAGCAACCGCCAAGAAAGAGGGUCCCUUCCUCCUGUCCCACCAGAAAAAACGUCCAGUAGCCGUAGUUCUUUUCACAAGGCCUCUGUGGAUAUCCCGAGCCCCGAUAUCUCUCCACGUUACCGCUUGAUGCCCUCAGCUUCCUCACUGCGGACUGGAAAAGGGAAGAAGGACAAGAAAAACAAGAAAAAGGGCCUCUCUAAAGCAGACAUCGGCGCCCCCAGUGGAUUUAAACACAUUAGUCAUGUUGGGUUUGACCCCAACAAUCUGGACCCCGACCUGUGCAACCUUCUCUCCCAAGCCGGCAUCGGAGAGGACGAGAUGAGGGAUGAGCAGACCUCCCAGCUGGUCUAUAACAUCAUCGAGCGCUCAGGAGGCAUGGAGGCGGUCAAAAGGGAGGUGAACAGAGGAGCUGCUGGGCCUCCACCGCCUCCACCGGGCAGACAGGGGCCUCUGCCUCCGAUGCCGGGCUCGGCCAACUCGGUCCCGACACCUCCGCGGGGACGUUCCGGCCCCCUCCCUCCCAUUCCGGUGCAUUCGCAGCGAGCGGCACGAGGAGCAGUCCCGCCGCCGCCCCCGUCCAACCGAGGCUGCCCGCCGCCUCUGCCGCCGGCUCAAGGCCCGCCGCCGCCAUCCCCCAAAUCCUCUCCUGUGCAGUCUUCAGGCUCUGCUCACAAUGCGCCUCCUCCGCCGCCGCACCAUCAACGCACUGCCGGUUUCCUACCUCCGACCGCCCCGUGCCCGCCCAGCAGAGGAGUUUGUGGAGAUCCGGCGCCACCUCCGCCACCGUUGCCCCCUCCGCCUCGCCAGCUCUCGUCAGACCCCCGCACACCUCCUCCUGCUCCCUUUGGCAGCCAACCACCACCCGCCGCUUCAUCUUUGACUCGAGCAGACACCAGAGGCGCCCUGCUGGAUCAGAUACGACUGGGGAAGAAGCUCAGAAAUGUGUCCGAGUGUCAGGAUCAAAUGGCGAGCCCACCGGCAGAGUCGUCCGAGGGCAUCGUUGGCGCGCUCAUGAUGGUCAUGCACAAGCGGAGUAAAGUCAUCCAUUCGUCAGAUGAAAGUGAAGAAGAGGGUGGAGCUGAUGAAGAUGACGACGACGAAUGGGAUGACUGACAUUCAGUCGACAUUUGUGUGGGUUUACGAGAUUGUUUUGAGGCAGAGUUUAGAAUUGCACAUAUCUCAAUACUUUUUGGAAAAAUAAGAAAUAAAAAAAUAAUCUAUA